AUGCCAAUUAAUCAAAAACAUGAAAUAAUGUGGAUUCAUAGUAAUAUAGCGGCUGGUUCACAGCGACAAAUUGAUUUACUGUUUGAAACGAAUGAUAUCGUUGAAAUACUUAUUGGCACAUUCUAUAACGAUGAUCAUCGCAUUCGCAAGGAAAUAGAUUGGACAGUUAUAAAUGCGUUAACUGGUGCCAGUGAAAAUCGAUCACGCUGGCUAUGUGCAAGCAACGUGCUUAGUAUAGUACCACACGUGCUCAAUAUGCAUGCUGAGCAUGACUUGAUAGAACGAACACUAGAUGCUAUUGAAUUGUUGAUCGAAAAGCAAAUCAAUUAUUUUUUUAUACUUGAAAAUUAUCAGAUUAUGGAAGCGUUACGUUAA